AUGCAUUUUGUUCGAAAAACGGAAUAUUCGCACGGAUUUCUGAAGACCGGCUCGCGGUCUCGAAACUUUCGAAACGUGCAUAAAACAGUGGGUAAUGCUUUCCUAGCGAAUGCGGGCCCUGCCUGCACGCAUUCCAAAGGGAGGCAAGUGCCGGCAUUAAGCAUUUUACGGGAGGCGAACGGUGCGGGUGGCGGGGUCGGCAGCGGCGGGCUGCUGGCCAUGAACGCCACCCAGGUCCAAUGUGAGCCCCGUGACUCGGUGGUACUCAUUAAAUAUGAGCACCGGACGGCGGGAGGCAGCUGGGAGGAGCCGGUGAGUGCGGUGCGCAAUACCCCACUCCGGCGCUCCCAAAGGCUAAAUUCCACACUGGACUCUAGGAACAGCGGGCAGCUGCGCAACACGCUCAGCAGGGCGCGGGAGCUGUGCGAGCGGUGGCGCAACGGGCGCGAGACGCCGUCGCCGCCCGCCCCGCCGCCCGACGACGAGGGCGGCGGCCGCCUGGCGCGCUGGUUCAGCGUGCGCCGCGGCUCCGCCCACCACUACGACAUGCACUCGCACGACACCGACAAGAUGCCGAAGCUGCCCGAGCUGGAGGAGGACAUGUUCUCGUGCGGGGGGGAGGUCCGUGGCGGGAGGGUCCCCCAGCCGUCACUCGGCCCACCGCCAGAGGCCCUCAGUCCAGUGCAGCUAAGGCGGAGGCACGUGGUCGCGGCGAUCAUACACAGCGAGAACUCCUACGUAGCCACGCUGCAGAGGCUUGUCAACGACUACAAGAAGCCGCUGGAGGUGAGCAGCCCGGCGAUACUGAACGCGAGCAAGAUCCAGACGCUCUUCCACCGGCUGCCCGACAUCCUGCAGUGCCACCUGCACUUCCGCACCGCACUCGUCGACUGCGCGCGCACGUGGGACCGCGACGAAAAAAUUGGCGAGGUCUUCCUUAACGCGUUCUCCAAGGCCGUGGUGCUGGACGUCUAUUCGGACUUCAUCAACAACUUCUCGGUGGCCAUGGAGCUGGCGAAGAUGGAGUCGAAGAGGAAAUCCGCGCUCGCGGACUUCUUCAAGGUGAAGCAGAUCAGCGCCCACGACCGGCUCUCCUUCUUUGGCCUGAUGGUCAAACCGGUGCAAAGGUUUCCACAGUUCAUCAUGUUCCUACAGGACCUCUUGAAGCACACGCCGCCGGGGCACGCGGACCGUGUGGCGUUGCAGCGGGCGCUCACGCGGCUGGAAGCGCUAGCUGAGGCGCUGAACGAGAGGAAACGGGACGCCGAAAGGACACAGGCGUUCCGCGCGGCGCUACGUCGCUUGACGCGGGGAGGGGUGGCGGGCGCGGGCGGGGCGGGAGGAACGGCCCGGUUCGGCGCCGCUCGCCUCCUCGCCUCUCGGGCCGACCGACGCCAUCUACUGCGUCAGGACGACCUUUUGCAGCUGGAGUUCAACCAGUCGGGCGCGCUGACGAAGUGCAAGCCGCGGCGGCUGCUGCUCCUGAACGAUUUGGUGGUGUGCGUGUCCGUCGGCGCGGGCGGCGACGACGCGGAGCGGCUCGGCCUCAAGUGGGCGCACCCCGUGCACGACGUCGACGUGCUCGACACCGGCACGUCGCCGACCCUCAGCCGGGUGCUCGCGCAGGGCAUGAACCGCAGCGGCAGCCUGCGCUCCAACUCGAGCACCAACUCGCACAGCAACACGUCCACCGGCGACUCCCUCUGCAACGAGAUGUCCGCCUUGAUGCACGACUAUGAAGCCGUCUCCCGUAUGGCCGACCUGGCGGCCUCGCUGAAGACCCCCUACCCGGAACUGGCGCCGGAGAUGUUCAGAGCUCUGCUGCAAAACAUACAGAGGAGUAUACAGAAAAAGGACGACGAGAUGGCGUGGGUGGACUCGUGCUGCCUGCAGCUGACGAUACGCGGCCGAGAGGAGCCGCUCACCUUCCGCGCCCAGGAGCCGGGCGCCAGGCUCGCCUGGGCCACGGAGCUGAGGCUGGCUCAGCUCGCUCAGGCCGCCGCUAACUCUCCCGCAUGGCGUCUGCCUCACCACGUGGCGGCCCACAGCGUGCCGCUGUACGUCGCCGCCUCGCCAGUCUACUCAUCGAAGCAACUCACCGAGGUGCGUUGCGGCUGCUUCUACUCGAGCGCCGGGGCGGGGCUGGCGCGCGGCGGCGGGCUGUCGCGGCGCGCGCGCUCCCUGCUGUGGGUGUGCGCGGGCGGAGCGGAGCACAGCCACGUGGCCGUGCUCACGCACCGCGCCGCCAAGCUCAAGACGCUCGUCACGCUCGACCUGCCCGACACCAAGGUGACCUCCAUGGAGUACUCAAAAGGGAUAAGACAAGUGACCACACUGUGCGGUGACACAGUAUGGCUCGGCACUGAGGACAAGAAGAUAAUCAUAUUCUCCGGCGUGGAGCCGGAGAAGCAAGAGAAGCUGACAGAAGUGCAGACCGUCGCCGCUGUCACGCAGAUACGCUAUCACUGCGACUCCAUGUUCGUAGGUCUCGCCAACGGCAGGGUUUCGGUCUACAGGCGGAACAACGACGACUCGUGGGCCCUGCAAGAGCCCCUCGCGAUAGAACUAGGCGACAAGCCCGUCCACUGCAUCCUGCCAGUCGACGGCAUAGUGUACGCCACGUGCGCCAGGCGCGUGUUCGCCAUAAACGCCCUCACCGCCGAGAUUAUGCGCAUACUGGAGCUCAAGGGCGAGGGGGAUCGCUCUGUGAAGUACUUGGCACACUCCGGCGUCGGCCUGUGGACGGCUUUCUCCGAUUCGACGUACGUCAGCCUUUACCACGCGGAGACCUUCGAGCAUUUGCAGAACAUCGACAUCGCCGCCGACGUCGCGAAGACCAUCGGCGCGAGGGAAGGCAGCAAGCCCGCCUACGUUUCCGCCCUGCUAGCGAGCCAAGGGCUGCUGUGGGUCGGCACUACGGCGGGCGUGAGCGUCACUGUGCCCUUACCGAAGCUCGAGGGGCUCCCCCUCAUCGGCGGGCACAUAGCCGUGUCGUACCACGCGCACGCCGGCCCCGUCACGUUUCUGCUCUCGUUACUUCCGGAGAACAGGGAAGUGGACGUCAACGUGGUCCGACGCAACCUUUCAAACGCACGCGCCCUCGCAGACACCUCAGUGCUGCACGAGUUCAAAGAGGAGGAGAGCAAGGAAGACCUCGACAAGCCGAAGCUCGAACGGAGGAUAUCCGAGGAGUCGAGCCCGUACCGGCCGCAGCGCGUGCAGUCUGCGGUCGUGCGCCGCAAGAAACCGGGAGACGUGCGCCUGAGCAAGACGCUGCCGAAGUGCGCGAACCUGAACGCGUGCGACGUUUACGGGCUGUUCGGCGACCUGAUGUUCGUGAAGGACUGCGUGGGGGAGGCGGACGUGAACGGCGCCGGGGGCGAAGCGCUGCGCAGGAGCGACCCGGAGCUGGCGGCGAUCCCGUUCCGCGUGAGCACGCUCGACCGGCGGCUGCGCAUGCGCGCCGGCCGCCCGCGCAGCCUCGACCUGUCCAGCUGGUCCGUGGACUCGAGGGCGUCCAGCCUGUGCACGUCCUCCGGCAGCGAGGAGUCGAUGGCGCUGCGCGGCGUCUCGCGCACCAGCUCGGGCGCGUCGGGCGCCGCGAAUCUCGCGCCGCUCGCCGCCUCCACGCCGGACUCGUCGUCGGGCAAGUCGUCCGCGUCCGAGCGCUCGAUAUCCCGCAGCGACUCGGCGACGGCGGUGGGGGCUGGAGGAGGGGGAGGGGGCGGGGGCGGCAAGGGCGCGGCGCGGAGCCUGCGCGGCGCCGACUACGUGGUGGGCGAGGGCGCGGCGCGGCGCUCCGUGCUCACGGUGAUGGGCGGCCGCGGCUACGUGGACUGGCGGCAGACGGCCGACGCCUCGGAGCGGCCCGCGCCCGCCGCCGACCCCAACCCCAGGGACGCCCACCUCGUCCUGUGGGAGAUGCGCCUG